AUGUUCGAAGAGCCAGAGAUCCAAAGAAGACUGGAUAUAGUGUAUGUGGAUAUCACAGUGCUGCUAUCACGCUCAGAAGACUGCCAGCAAAAGUUGGAGUUCUUGAAAAAGGAGGUACGGAAUCCGGAAGACCCACGGAGAACCCAUGAAGAGUCGAUCAAGCUUUUUUACGAAACACAAACGGUGAUGACUAAGAGUCAACGCAACCUGGCUGUUGGAGAACCCCUCUGA